AUGGCGGCUUCAUCUUUCUCUGAUACGAGCUACAUUUCGAAAUCAAGCAUUUCCGAUUUCAGUUUCAGUACCGAACACUCGAAAACUUUGCUGUUUUUGAAGUUCGAAUUGAGCAGGAGGCUACAUUCUAAAAGAAGGAAUUUAUCUGUGACCAAAGUCGCUAGCAGAAAUCAGGAGCUAGAAAAAUUGAUAGAUCAAUCAGUUCAAGAAGAAACAGAUGAUUUGGAUAACGGGAUCCUUGUUCCUGAUUCUGAAUCUGUUAUAUCAAGCAUCAAAUACCAUGCGGAGUUCACACCCUUAUUCUCUCUAGAAAAUUUUGAGCUUCCAAAGGCAUUCUAUGCUACUGCUCAAAGUGUUCGUGAUGUGCUCAUCACUAACUGGAAUGCCACAUAUGAAUUCCAUGAAAAGAUGAACGUGAAGCAGGCAUAUUACUUAUCUAUGGAGUUCCUUCAGGGAAGAGCAUUGCUAAAUGCCAUUGGUAAUUUAGAGCUGUCAGGGGCUUAUGCCGAGGCUUUAAGGAAACUGGGUCAUAAUCUGGAGGAUGUUGCUAGGCAGGAGCCAGAUGCUGCACUUGGAAAUGGAGGUUUGGGCCGACUUGCCUCCUGCUUUUUAGACUCCUUGGCAACACUGAAUUACCCUGCAUGGGGUUAUGGUCUUCGUUACAAAUAUGGUCUUUUUAAGCAACUGAUUACAAAAGAUGGCCAGGAAGAAGUUGCAGAAAAUUGGCUUGAGAUGGGUAAUCCCUGGGAAGUACCAAGGAAUGAUGUCUCUUAUCCUGUAAAAUUUUAUGGUGAAGUUGUUACAGGCCCAGAUGGAUAUAAGGAAUGGGUUGGUGGAGAAGAUAUCAUGGCUGUUGCCUAUGAUGUUCCCAUACCUGGAUAUAAAACCAAAACAACCAUCAAUUUAAGAUUGUGGUCAACAAAGGUUGCACCAGAAUAUUUUGAUUUACAUGCUUUCAAUUCUGGAGAUCAUGCCAAAGCAUAUGAAGCCCUUAAAAAAGCAGAGAAGAUUUGCUACAUCUUAUACCCUGGAGAUGAAUCAUUUGAGGGGAAGACUCUUAGAUUGAAGCAGCAGUAUACACUAUGCUCUGCUUCUCUUCAAGAUAUAAUUGCACGAUUUGAAAGGAGAUCUGGGAAGUCGCUCAACUGGAGUGAAUUCCCUGAAAAGGUUGCAGUACAGAUGAAUGAUACUCACCCCACACUAUGCAUACCAGAGUUAUUGAGAAUAUUGAUGGAUAGUAAGGGGUUGAAGUGGAAAGAGGCAUGGGAAAUCACUCAAAGAACCGUCGCAUACACCAAUCACACUGUUCUACCAGAGGCUUUAGAGAAGUGGAGUUUGGAUCUUCUGCAGGAACUACUUCCUCGGCAUGUUGAAAUAAUAGAAUUGAUUGACAAGGAGUUGAUUAAUACCAUCAUUGCUGAGUAUGGUAUUGAGGACAUUGAAUUGCUGAAAGAAAAACUGAAGCAGAUGAGAGUUUUGGACAACGUUGAACUACCUGCGUCCAUCUUGGAGUCGCUUGUUGAACCUGUGGAAAGUCCCAUUCUUGAUUUAGUUGAAGAAGCAAAAAGUUCCGAGGAAGUGACAGAAUCAGCAAGUGAAGAUGAUGAGCUCAAAGUGAAGGAGGCAAAGGAUGCCGGUAGUAGCACAAAGGUGACAUUUGAGACGGAUCCAAGACUGCCAAAGAUGGUGCGCAUGGCUAAUCUUUGCGUUGUUGGCGGGAAUGCUGUUAAUGGGGUUGCAGAAAUCCAUAGUGAAAUAGUGAAAAAUGAAGUUUUUAAUGAAUUUUAUAAGCUGUGGCCUAAGAAGUUUCAGAACAAGACAAAUGGGGUGACACCAAGACGAUGGAUCAGUUUUUGUAAUCCAGAGCUAAGUAAAAUUAUAACCAAGUGGACCGGGACAGAAGACUGGGUGCUAAACACUGAAAAGUUGGUGGAACUUCGAAAGUUUGCUGAUGAUGAAGAACUCCAAUCUGAAUGGAGGAAGGCCAAAAGGAACAACAAAGAGAAAACUGUGUCCUUCCUGAAAGAAAAAACUGGAUAUCUUGUCAGCCCUGAUGCAAUGUUUGAUGUGCAGGUGAAGCGUAUUCAUGAGUACAAAAGACAACUGUUGAAUAUUUUGGGAAUUGUUUACCGGUAUAAGAAGAUGAAAGAAAUGAGUGCUGAUGAAAGAAAAGAGAAAUUUGUUCCUCGAGUUUGUAUAUUUGGAGGAAAAGCAUUUGCUACCUACAUCCAAGCCAAGAGGAUUGUGAAAUUCAUCACUGAUGUCGGUGCUACUGUAAACCGUGAUCCUGAUAUUGGUGAUCUUUUGAAGGUUGUCUUUGUCCCAGAUUACAAUGUCACAGUAGCAGAAGUUCUGAUUCCUGGAAGUGAUCUGUCAGAACACAUCAGCACUGCUGGAAUGGAGGCAAGCGGUACCAGCAACAUGAAGUUUGCAAUGAAUGGUUGCAUCCAAAUUGGAACUCUGGAUGGUGCCAAUGUUGAAAUAAGGCAGGAGGUUGGAGAGGAAAACUUUUUUCUUUUUGGUGCUGAAGCUCAUGAAAUUGCUGGGCUACGAAAGGAGAGGUCCGAGGGGAAGUUUGUUCCUGAUCCACGAUUUGAGGAGGUCAAGAAAUACGUUAGAAGUGGCGUUUUUGGUCCAUACAACUAUGACGAACUCAUGGGAUCUUUGGAAGGGAACGAAGGGUAUGGCCGGGCUGAUUAUUUUCUUGUGGGGAAAGAUUUUCCAGCGUAUAUAGAGUGCCAAGAGGAGGUUGAUAAGGCAUAUCGAGACCAAAAGAAAUGGACAAAGAUGUCAAUCUUGAACACUGCUGGUUCAUACAAGUUCAGCAGUGACCGGACUAUACACCAAUAUGCACGCGAAAUUUGGAUGAUCGAACCUCUUGUAUUGCCAUAAUCAGAUUGGAGCUCAACUUUUAUGCAUGUAAGUAAUCCUUGCUUGCACUUAAAUUUCUUAUUCAGAUUAACAAACUAAAGCUUGCAAAAUCAUAUUUUACAAGCUAAACUGUGUUUGUUUUGAGUCAUAAAUCAUUGGCAUCUAAUUAAUUCUUUCAGUUUCAAGCAAUAUACCUUUUCAUUGUUCUCU